GAUCACGUCGGGCCUUGUGGUGUGGUUGCGAUGGGGACUACCAGCACGGGGAGGCGUCCGUGGGCGGCGUGGUGCCUCGCGCUCCUGCCACUGCUCGCAACGUCCGCAUCUGCCAGCAGCUGCUCCGCAGGAUGUAAAGGUGGCGCCAGCAACUACCCCCCGGGGACGGUGUACGUGUACGAGGUGGAGGGGACGACCAGGACCAGCCUGCCCGACACCAAGGACGAGCCGGUGACGCUGCAGAUCCACGCCACCGCGGAGGUGGCCGGCUCGCAGGACUGCCGCGUGGCCCUCAAGCUGAAGGACGUGCGGGUGACGGGGCCGGGCGGCAAGAAGUACGACUCCCUGCGAGAGCUGGAGCAGUACCCGGUCAGCUACACCAGCGUGGACGGCAAGGCGGACAGCCAGCUGUGCACGGCGGAGGCAGACAGCACGGCGGCGCUCAACGUGAAGCGCGGUGUCAUCUCGCUGCUGCAGGUGCUGGCCAAGCAGAGCGGCAAGGUGUACGAGUGGGACGUGUACGGGAAGUGCCCGAGCAGCGUCGUUGUCGACGGGGGCAAGAACGAGCACACGAUCACCCUGACGAGGGACCUCAACGAGUGCUACCACCGCGAGAGGAUCAACCACCGCCUCAAGUCGACGCCGUACUACACCCAGUCCGGAGUGCAGUCGUCGCCCCUGCUCGCGUCCACGCAGACGGUCGUCCAGAAGGUGACGGACGGCCGGGUGCAGACCGCCUCCAGCACGGAGACCUACCUGUUCCGGCCGCUGUCCAACCUGGGCUCCGGCGCCAGGACGGUCGUGGAGACCAAGCUGAGGCUCAAGUCCCACCGCAGCGGCUCCGUGCAGGCGGGAGGCGCGACGGUGGCCCGCUCCAUCCUGUUCGAGCUGCCGCGGGACGGCAGCUCCAGCGAGGGCAGCGCGGAGGCGGUGGUGAAGGCCCUGAGGCGCGCCGCCGACACCAUGGCGGUGACCGUGGGCGAGGACUCGGCCAAGGAGUACCGCUCGCUCGUCAAGGUCGUGCGCAAGGCCGGCAAGGAGGACCUGCUGGCCGUCUACGGCCAGGUCAAGUCGGGCGCCGGCUUCAGCCACUCCCCCAAGAAGCUGUACCAGGACGCGCUGCUCCAGGCCGGGACCGGGGAGGCGGUGGAAGUGGCCGUCGAGCUGAUCAAGAACAACGAGAUCAAGGGCAGCCUCGCCGAGUUGUGGUACCACACGCUGUCCUUGGUGCGGCAGCCAUCACGUGACUCCAUCGCGGCCGUCACCACGCUGCUGGACGAGCCGGACCUGGGCACGGGGGCGUACCUGGGCAUCGGGGCGCUGGCCGGCCGCUACUGCAGCAGCCACGACUGCGAGGGGGACGCCGUGCUCGCCGGCCUGCUCGACAGACUGGCCCGCAACCUGGCCAGGGGCUGCAAGGUCUCGUCCCGCGACCAGGAGGACAAGCUGAUACUGUCCCUGAAGGCCCUGGGCAACGUGCACCACCUCACGGAGACUGUCUCCACCAUCCUGCAGCGCUGCUAUGCCGACAGCUCCGCCCCCAGCAGGGUGCGGGUGGCGGCCCUGGAAACUGCCCUCACCGACGCCUGCAAGCACAAGAAGGGUGCGGCAUCAGUGCUGGAAAACGUGCAGGAAGAUUCCGAGCUGAGGAUCAAGGCCUAUCUGGUGCUAGUGCAGUGCCCCAGUGGGAAAAUGGCCAACAGCCUGAAGGAGUUGCUUGAAAACGAGAAGAUAAAUCAAGUGGGCUCGUACAUCGUGUCGCACCUCCGCAACCUCCGGGCCACCACCAACCCGGAGCGGCAGGCCGCCAAGGAGCAGUUGAAGGAGGUGCGGACCAACCGCCGCUACCCGGUCGACUACCGCAAGUACUCGCGCAACGUCGAGCUCUCCUACCUGCUGGACGGCAUCAACGUGGGCUACUCGGGCGAGGCCGACAUCAUCUACUCGCAGAAGUCCUACCUGCCUCGCUCCGUGUCGCUCAACCUCACCUCGCACGUGUUCGGCCAGUCCUACAACAUCCUAGAGCUGGGAGUGCGGGCGGAGAACCUGGAGCGGAUCCUGGAGAGGUACGUCGGGCCGAGGGGCUACUACGCGGUGACGGAGCCCGAGCAGGCGAUCGAGACGAACCGCGGCCGCCUCAUGAGCCUGGUGGAGCAGAUCAAGCAGCGGGCACAGCAGGUCACCCGCGCCAAGCGAUCCACCAGCAAGCAGCUCAGCAACACGCUCAAGAGGGCCACCAAAUCCUUGGGUCCCGACUACGAAGACAGCCGCAUCGAUCUGGACUUGUCUGCCAAAGUAGUUGGCUCGGAGGUGGCAUGGAAGAAUGUGGGAGAUUGUAUCGAGGACUUCAGCCCAGAGAAAACCAUUGACAAACUGUACGACACUGUUGACGAAGGAAUCAAGAAAGGCAAGAACAUAAAUGUGGACGAGCGCAUGCACGCCACGAUCCUGGAGGUGGAGCUGGCCUACCCGACGGCCCUGGGGCUGCCCCUGAAGCUGGUGGCGAGCGCCAGCGUGGCGGUGCACCUGCAGGUGGACAGCAACCUGGACCUCCCUGCCGUGCUGCGCGACCCCGGCAACGCCGAGCUGCAGAUCAAGAUAGUGCCGAGCGCCGCGGUGGAGGUGACGGGCGAGCUGCUGGUGGACGCCUACGCGGUGGAGAGCGGGCUGAAGGUGCGUGGCCGCCUGCACGUGGCCACUGGCACGGACAUCAAGGCCCGGUCGUCGGGCGGCAAGCUGCUGGACGUGCGGGUGGGGCUGCCCGUCCAGAAGCAGGAGCUGGUCAACCUCAGGUCGGAGGUGGUGUCCACGGUACGGGAGCAGGACGGCAGCGAGCAGGACACGCCCCUCACCUACAACACCGACAAGAAGGAGUACAAGGGCUGCUUCGACCAGCUGGCCAACGUGCUGGGGCUGACGUUCUGCAGCAGCGUGAGCGUGCCGUGGGAGGGCAGCAAGGCCUCGCAGGCGCUCUACCCGCUCAACGGCCACAGCUCCCUGAUGGUGCAGAUGGAGGCCAAGGACGUACCCUACUACCACCUCGUCGUCCAGAAGAACCUGCGAGCCCAGUACGAGGGGGUGAUCGAGGUGUCGCUCGACACCCCCGGCUCGCAGACCAACCGCAAGCUGGGGCUGGUGCUGACGAGGCUGCUGGAGCCGGAGUACAAGCUCGCCCUGAGCCUCACGUCCCCGCGCAAGACGCUCGCCGCGAGCCUGUACGAGGUGGACAACGCCCAGGAGUACAGCUGGAACGCCAAGCUGGUGCACGACCGGGACGAGUACUACGCGAGGGUGGGCGCCAAGCGGUCCGGCCCGGAGUCCCACCAGACCUACACCCCGCUGCUGGAGUACCGCACCCCGGGGGAGACGCACCAGCUGUCGGGCGGCCACACCGUCAAAGGGAUCGGGUGCACAGGUUCUGUCAUUGUGGACAAGACAGAAACUUCCCGAAAGUACACUUUGAAAGCAGUGACCAUUCAGACUCCUCAAGGCUCUCUGAGGGUGGAUGGAACGCUGCUGAGACAGAAGAACCACUACGAAAGUGACCUGGAGAUCACGAAAGAUGACGACGUCAUCAAGUACAAGAGCAAGUUCGCACACUCGUCUCCCGGGAGGUACACCAUCGAAGCACAAGGACAGUCGAGGAAGUACCCAGAUUGGGGCAUCGACGUCAAGUGGGACUACAACCGAGAGAAAGAUUCACUGAAGAACAAGCUGGAGGUGGCCCACGGCAGGGACCUCAGGAGCGGCCAGUCCCGCAUCACCCUGGAGCAGUCCGCCAAGUACAAGGUCGAGAGCUACCGCAGCUUCGACUUGGAGGGAGAGAACAAGCUGAAGUACCCGCUGCUCGGCCUCGACUUGGAGGUGAAGGCAGCGGCGACCCCCAAGACCCUGAGCUACGAUGUGGAGCUGAAGUACGACUCCUACAAGCUGGGCUCCGAGCUCAACCUGAAGAGAGGGGCCAAGCAGCCCGGCGACCUAGAACUAGACCUCAGUGUGGAGGCCGGCGACAGGAGCAUCGAGCUGGACCUGAAGCGCGAGGUGACGGGCAAGGACCGGUCCAAGCUCACGGCCGAGCUGGAGAUGAAGCCGGGCAAGAAGUACGAGCUCACCGCCGACCUGGUGCACGCCGUGAGGCAUGACGACGUCAACCUCCACCAGACGUCCGUGCUCAAGGUGUCCGACCGCCCCGAGGACAUCAGGAUGAUCUCCGGCCUGGUGGUGAACCGGAACGAGCUGGAGCUGCUGGCGGAGCUGAGCUACGGCCGGAAGCAGCACGUGGACAUCAUCUGGAAGCUGAACAAGGCCGCCGACAACCCGUCCGGCAACGUGAAGGUGUACGUGAACGGGCUGGUGGACGCGAACGCCCAGUACAAGUACGUGCCCAACGGGAAGGUGGGCGCCACCCUCAACAUCGACCUGCCGAAGCAGGGCCGCAAGAUCAAGGGCACAGCCGACCUCACCAUCACCGGCACCAACCACGUGGCCUCCCUGGACCUGUUCUGGGACAUGGGGCGCGACCCCAGCCGCAAGCUGCACUUCUCCAGCGAGUCCGACAUCAAGACCAACUCCGUCGACUCCAAGAACACGCUGGUGCUGCUCCAGGAGAAGAUCACGCUGAACCUGAAGGGCUCGCUGGCGGGCCGGCUCGACAACGGCCGCCUCACGGGCGAGCUGGACCUCACCCUGCCGAAGGGCGAGCAGCUGCAGCUGCGGCUGGACCGCGACCUGAAGCGCUCCAAGGACCGCGUGGAGCUGGAGGCCAAGGGCGACGUGGUUCUGCUGGACGCCCAGGGGGCCAGCAACUCGCUGUCCAUCGACGGCAAGCUCGAGACGGAGGCCAGGAACCUGCUGCUGGACGGCUACGUGCGGCUGGCGAUCAAGACUGCCAAGGGCAAGGACGUGUCCGUGUACCUCAAGCUGAAGGACGUGCCGGAUCGCGAGAAGCGCGGGAUGGAGGCGCAGCUGGACGUGGACAGCUCGCAGCUGAAGCCCCUGAGGCUGGGGGCGAGCGCGGACGUGACGCAGAAGGAGGUGGUCUACAAGGCCCACGGCUCGUACGGCUCCGACCUGACGGCGACGGCGGCGGGGACCCUCGGCCUGGGCGAGGCCGGCCGGGUGCUGGUGAAGGACGAGGAGGGCGUGGCGGCCGUCGCGUUCACGCUCGACAACACCCUGGAGGUGCGGCUGCCCCUCGAGCGGGCUCGCACCUCCAAGCACGUCACCAAGCUGGACGUCGCCGUGGACAGGAAGUCCGCCAAGAUUGGCAUUCGGGAAGAAGUGACUGUGAACGGAGACAAACAUUACAAGCUGAACGCGAACCUGGACGCACAGCCAACCACUGCCAGCUCAUUGGUCGAGAUCAGCCUUCCCGAGGACAAGCCCCGCUCGAUGGCCGCCACCUGGCACGUGAGCUCAGAGAAUGACAUGCUGAAGCAGGGCGGCACGGUGACCGCCAAGUGGGGCGACAAGCAGGAGGCGGUGUCGACCCUGGAGCUGGCCCUGCCCAAGGACGAGUCGGGCCUGGACCUCCGCCUCACCGCCAACACCCCGAAGCUGGGCGCCGCCGAGCUCACGCUCAAGGGCCAGGUGGGCCGCACCAGCCCGAGGUACCUCCACACCCAGAUAGCGGCCGUCCUGAACGACAAGAGGCUGGAGCUGGACGGCAAGGUGUCGGAGGGCAGCUACAAGCUGGUGCCCAACGUCGACGUGACGGCGGUGAGCGCCCGCGGCACCUCGCGGCUCUACCUGAACCUCAAGCAGACGGGCGAGGACGAGGUGACGGGCGACUCGGAGCUGCAGUGGGUGACGGGCAGGGGCGGCCGGCUCACCGUCAACGGCGAGGCCAAGCUGCACUCCGUCAACAACUUCUACGUGGAGCUGAACGCGGACUCGGAGGCGCUGCAGAUCAACAAGUGGAUCUUGACCGCCCAGAGCAAGCAUGGCUCGAAGGGACGGAACGCCAUCCAGGUGUCAGCGACGUCCGCCGGCAAGAACGUGAUAGACGGCAGGCUGAACCUCAACGUGGUUGAGAAGCCAAACUACCACCAGAUCGUGGCCGCAGGCAACGUCAAGCUCUACGAGAAGUCCACACAGGCCAAGCUCGAAGCAAGCAUCGCUCGCCUCUCAAAGGAGACCAAUCACGAAGAAGGAACUGAAGCAAAGCUGAAGGUGGACCUGGGUGAACGGUCGUACGACGCCGUCUACAAGCUGACCGACCGUGAGCUGCUGAUCUCUAACGAGCUGUGCAGGACGCGAGCCAAGCAACAGUGCUCCGUGGCGAAAAUGAACACAAAACUGCAGGUCGACGAAGAGAAGGGGGAGCUGCACCACAGCUACCUGCUGGUCGUGGACCUGAAGGAGCUCAUCGUCGUGCCAGAGAGCCUGGAGGUGACUGCGACCACGGCGAUCACCCCGGCCGUCCCGCUGGACCACAGGCUGGAGGUCAAGCUGUCCGGCAACGAGGAGAUCAGCUACAAGGCCCACGUCUACGCGCACAAGGACGAGUCAGGAGUGGUGAUCACGCUGCCGGAGAGGGUGAUCGCCGGCAAGGUGCAGACGCGGCUCGUCCUGGACGACAGGUCCACGCUGGUCGACCUGUCGCUGGUCGGCAACGUGUGGCUGGACCAGACUCGCCAGCCCGACCUCAAGACGGGCCUGGUCGUCGCGUACAAGGCGGAGCUGGCCAACAACGAGAUCACCGUCGCCUCUGAGGCCAGGCUCACGCAUCCGGCGCUCAGGAAGGACUUGUACGUGAAGCUCAACGCCGUAAUCGGGGACCCCUUAACGAAACUAUUGGACGGGACUCUGGAAGUGGACCUGAUGCAGAAACGGGAGCAAGCCAUCAAGAUCACCACCCAGUGCACGGGCGCCCGCCUCAACGAAGGUCACCGAAUCAAUGGCGCCGUGAAGAUUCACAGUCAGGGCUUGAACCUGGACAUAUCGCUGAUCGGCCACACUGAAGCCUCCGCCAGCGGGGUCGAGCACGAGGCAGUGCUCAGCUACAUCGACGUGAAGCACGCCACCAAGCAGCUGAUCAGCAAGCUGGUCGCCGACAAGAACGGGCUGACGGUCAGGGUGAAGGGCCCGGACGCCGACCUGCUGUCCAUCGAGGGCAAGGUGCAGCGGCCGGACGCCGGCACCGUGACGACCCAGACGCUCAUCCGGCUGGUGGACAUCGAGCCGGUCAUGCUGGUGGUCGACGCCAAGACCACCCCCGCCCUCUACGUGCAGAUAUACAAGCAAAGGCAGCCGAGCGCGAAGGCCGAAGCGGCCCUGGUCGCGGACAUCUUCUCGGAGCUGGCGGUGCGGGCGGACACCAUCAACGACGGCGUGAAGAAGGAGCUGGUCAACGCGCAGGUCUCGCUGGACGAGAAGACGUUCCUCAGGACGCAGCUCAGCUGGUCCACGGAGAACAUCGUCAAGUUCCUGGAGACAUGCACCUCGGAGCUGGACGUACCGCGCCACCUGAAGGAGGCGGCCGUGGCCCUGGGCAAGGAGGCCCAGACGGAGCUCGGCGACCUGGUGGCGGUGCUGCGGCAGGCCCGGCCCGACCUCAAGCCCCUGCUGGAGUCGUACCGCCAGCAGCUGCAGGAGCUCCAGCGGGAGAUCAGCGAAGACAAGGCCAUCAAGGAGCUGUCCCAGUACUUGAACCAGAUGGUGGGACGCGCGCGGCAGGGCGCGGCGGAGGUGCUGGAGGCGAUCACCGAGACGGUGCGCGCGGUCACGGAGCGGCUGGAGAAGCUGCACGACGCGGCGACGGAGGCGUGGGAGAAGCUGCUGCCCGAGCUGCGCAAGGCCUACGAGAAGGUGGUGGAGGUGACGACCGGCGUGCUGGAGGACGUGCAGACCGUGCUGCUGGCCUACGCCCGCACCGUCGCCAAGAUCGUGCAGAACCACGAGGACGACCUCAAGAAACUGGUGUCCGUCGUCGCCGAUGUCCUGGAAGAAAUAGGCAAGGUGAUCGGCAAAACAGUCAUCCAGUUGCGCAAUGAUGUCAGAGACAUGGUGCACUCUAUCAUCGAACAAAUAAAGAAACUUCCCAAGCUCGACGUCCUCAAAGAAAAAUGGAACCAGAUCAAGGAGGAUAUCAAGGCCUUGCAACUGCCCGAGCAGAUCUGGAUAGUUCUGGAGGAGCUGAUUGUCGCUGCCAAGGACAUGGCGCCCACUCCCGAACUGAAAGACUUGGUAGAAAGCCUCGACAAGUACAUCAAUAAGCACCUGAACCGCGAGAAGCUGGACGAGCUGGCGGAGCUGCAGCUGCUCGCCGGCAAGCUGACGUCCGCUGUGAGGUCGCUGAUCACGCUGGUCAGGGCGUACGUGGGCGAGGUCAAGGAGGCCCCCACGCUGCUGGGCAUCAAGCUGCCGACGACCGUGGCCGACCUCAUGAAGAUCCCGCGGCUGCUGGUGAUCCAUGUCAGCCCGCUCAAGUACCUCAUGUCGGACGACCUGCCCACGCUGGAGGAGCUGCUGGUCACCUACCGGCCGAGGCUCAACCCGCUCGACUGGUUCCCGCCGUACAGAGCUGUCGCACACGUCAUCAACGGGCAGCACUACAUCACCUGGGACCGGCGGCACUACACCUUCAAGGGCUCCUGCCCCUACAUCCUGGUGACGGACGUCGUGGACGGCAACCUCAGCGUGGUGCUGAGCGCCGAGAACGGCAAGCUCAAGUCCCUCCUGCUCACGGACGGCAAGGACUCCAUCGAAGUGCAGGAGGACAGGACUCUGCUGGUGAACGGACAGAAGUCGGAGUACCCGGCGCACGUCGGCGGCCUGUCGGCCUGGCGACGCUACCACUGGCUCUCGAUCAAGUCGGACGCGGGGGUGACCAUCGACCAGGACAUAGAGAGCGGCUCGCUCACCGUCAGGCUGUCGGGCUACUACUACGGCCGGACCCGGGGCCUGCUCGGCACGCUGUCCUACGAGCCCGGCGACGACCUGCUCCAGUCCAACGGAGAGCUGACGGAGAAUGUGAACGACUUCGCCAACUCGUGGAAGGUGGGGCAGUGCCAGGACGUCUCUGGCGCCGUCCACACGGCCCCCAAGUCGGCGCUCUGCACCGAGUACCUGACCUCCGGAUCGAGCCUCAGCCUGGCAUACCCGAUACUCAGCCCCGCGCCGUACCGCGACACCUGCGACCUGGCGGUGGCGAGCGCCGGCUCCGACGCGGCCAAGAACAGGGCCGCCUGCGCCGUCGCGCGGGCCUACGCCAGCUCCGCCUACGAGGAGGACAUUCCCGUUCUGGUGCCGGACAAGUGCGGGGAGUGCGAGGUGGUGGGGCAGAGCCCCGUGGAGGCGGGCACCAAGUUCUCGGUGCGCACGGCGCACGCCCCGCACAAGGCCGCGGACGUGGUCAUCGUGCUGGAGCAGUCCCAGGCGACGGAGGAGCUGUCCAAGGAGCUGGUCGGCCCGCUCGUCAAGGCCCUCACCAGCGAGCUCAAGAGCAAGGGCAUAACGGAUGUGGUGGUCCACCUGAUGGGCUGGAGCGACCACCAGGAGUGGCCGCAGCACUACACCACGGGCGGGAAGCUGGUGUACGAGGGCAGCACCAGCAACAUCAAGUACUACAAGAGCCGGGAGACGCUGCCCACCUCCAACCAGAAGGAGAAGAUCCAGUACCUCCUGCACGAGCUGGAGGUGGAGCUCGGCUUGACGAAACUGACGGCGGCCACGUGGGAGAUCCUCAACUACCCGUACCGCGCGGGUGCGUCCAAGGCGCUCAUCUACGUGGUGGGCCAGCCGUCGGAGGUCGGCCAGAUGACGGGCGGCUUGAUCCAGACCAUCGGAGUCGCGCUCAUGCAGCGGUGGCUGAACAUCCAGGGCAUCGUGCCAUACGUCAUCACUCCAGUCGAAGGUCUCAGAGUUGCAGCUAAAGAUCCCAAGAUCGUGAAAAACAUAGUUGGCUACGACAACGAGCGCGUGUACAGCCUGACAGACGGCAAGAAGAAGCAAGGCAACACGGAACUGAGGAAGCAACUGGACUACAAGUCCAACCCUCUGUCAUGGCUGCCCCAAGGCGCGGAAGGUGUUACGAUCGUGGCCCAGAACUUCCUCGACAACAAAUCGCAGAGGCGGCAGUACAUACAGGCGGUGUCCCACCGAAUCUCCGAGUCGCUGACUGCCGAGUUGUACGAGGAUUGCAUGUGCAUCAUAAAGGAUGGCAUCUAUGCCGAGUCUUACUGUCGGGUGACAGGAAGGAAAGAACGUGAAACUAAAUCAAGACAAAAAACAAAAAGUAGACGUCGACGCCACAACCCAUUUCUGUAGAUACGUACGGUAAAAAAUUGACAGUGGAAUUAUGAGAAAACAUUUUUUUCAUAGAAGAGAGCAGGAAAUAUGUUUGUGCAAAUGUGUUACUAAACAUUAAGACUUGAAUUUAUUUAGUAGUAAUUUAAAAAUGUGAUCCAUAUUAGCAUUUGGUAUCGUAAGGUAAUUAGUAUUACUUCAAGAAUGGAAAACUUGAUGUAGUUGCAGUUAUGAAAUAUUUACAUCUUAAUUUAAACCUUGAACCAUGUUAUGUAAAAUAUGUUAAAAUAUUUAAAUGUUGGUUUUCAGAGUUACGAAAGUAAUAUAUUGUAGUGUUUGUUAGCUGCAUGACAGUCGAAGUGCAGUGUGUGAAUAAAGUAGACGUGUUUAUGUUUUCUCCUCAUGAAAUAAAAUUUGUUUCUCACUUG